GCCCACGUCGGGCAGGGCGGGGCGCCGGACGGCGGUCACGUAGCUCAGGUUCCCCGGCUGCCUUAGCGCGCGCGUCGGUCGGGUCUUGCGUGCCGGUGCCUGCCGUCCCUCGCCAUCAUGCCGAUGUUCGUGGUGAACACGAACGUGCCCCGCUCCUCCGUGCCGGACGGGCUCCUCUCCGAGCUCACGCAGCAGCUGGCGCAGGCCACGGGCAAGCCGGCGCAGUACAUCGCGGUGCACGUGGCCCCAGACCAGCUCAUGACCUUCGGGGGCUCCAGCGAGCCCUGCGCGCUCUGCAGCCUGCACAGCAUCGGCAAGAUCGGCGGCGCGCAGAACCGCUCCUACAGCAAGCUGCUGUGCGGCCUGCUGACCGAGCGCUUGCGCAUUAGCCCGGACAGGAUCUACAUCAACUUCUGCGACAUGAACGCGGCCAACGUGGGCUGGAACGGCUCCACCUUCGCCUGAGGGCCGCGCCACGGGUUUCCCGCCCGCCGCGCCCCCCUCCCCCUCCCCCACCUCCCUGGAAGGAGAAAUAAACUGGAGACGCGGGC